AUGAUUUUUGAACCAGAGGAGAGCCUUUUGCUCCCUACCAAGGAUCUUCUUUCUUACAUAUUUGAUGACCCGCCAUACGACCAGGAUAAGCCAAUCUAUAUCGACGUGAGAGAUACUAAACUUUCGAUAUCAUGUAACCAAGCACGCAAGUCAAUUCGCCAGCUCAUUGCGGGGUUCAGAGCUUCUGGACUUCGUCCAGGGGAUUGUGUUCUCAUUCAUUCAUUCAACGAUAUCAACUACAGCAUACUCGUCCUUGCUAUUAUUGGCGCUGGUGGAAUAUAUACGGGCUCGAACCCGGCGUACACGUCAACGGAGCUUAAACACCACAUCAAAGCUUCUGAAAGCAAAUUCAUCAUAUCAGAACCAGAAAUUCUGAAGCCCCUCUUGGAGGCAGCCAAUCAAUCAGGUGUUCCAAAAAAAAAUGUUUGGAUAUUCGACAACCUUGGUCAAUCUAUUCCAGGGGGGACGAAGUCCUGGAAGGAGUUGCUCAAAUUCGGGGAAGAAGACUGGGUACGGUUUGAGAACUUGACGACAGCUCAAACCACUACAGCUGCAAGACUCUUUAGUAGUGGAACUACUGGCCUCCCCAAGGCAGUAAUGAUUACUCACUAUAAUCUUAUCGCGCAACAUGAACUUGUUGUCGGAGGCGAUCCGCGCCCCUAUCCCAUAUCGCGAAUCAUUGCCCUCCCAGUAUUCCAUGCAUCGGCAGCCCCUGUCACGCAUAUAUCUAUACUGAAGGCGGGAUCUGUGUCCUACAUGAUGCGCCGGUUUGAUCUGGAAGAGUAUCUGACCACUAUUGAGACAUACAACGUUACAGAUCUGGCCAUGGUUCCUCCUAUCGUUAUCUCGAUUCUAAUGUCCUCGGUUUCUCAUAAGCGGCCUUUCCUUAGGAAAGUUCGCCUUGCAUCUUGUGGCGCUGCACCUCUGGACAAGGAUGUUCAAGCUCGCUUCCGCUCGCUGAUAGGCGAUGACAGUCCAUUCAACCAGGUUUGGGGAAUGACAGAGACAUCAUGUGUAGCGACAAUGUUUCGAUUUCCUGAGCGCGAUGAUACUGGAUCCGUUGGACGGCUGAUCCCGAACCUGGAAGCUAAGCUCAUCGAUGAGAAUGGAAGCAAUAUUUCAGCGUACGGUGUCCUUGGAGAGCUGUGUGUGCGAGGACCAACCGUAACCCCUGGAUAUUUCAAGAACCCCGAAGCCAAUUUGCAAUCAUUCGAUCUAGAUGGAUGGUUCAAAACUGGCGACAUAGCCUACUGUGACCAGGCAACACGGAAAUGGUAUAUUGUGGAUCGAAAUAAGGAGCUGAUAAAAGUACGUGGCUUCCAAGUGGCGCCCCCUGAGCUGGAGGCCGUGCUUCUAUCCCACCCACAAAUUAUCGACGCAGCCGUUAUUGGGUUUACAACCCUUGGAGCAAAUACAGAAUUCCCUCGUGCUUAUGUGGUAAGGCGACCGGGGAACAAAGGACAAGAACUUACGGAAACAGAUGUCCAGAAAUAUGUCUUAGGGCGACUUGCUCGGUACAAGGCACUGACUGGGGGUGUGAAAUUUGUUGAGACUAUUCCGAAAAACCCCAGUGGGAAGAUUCUCAAACGAGUACUCAGAGAAGAGGCGAAGAGAGAGAUUGAAGCCGGCCUGGUCAAGCCUAACUUGUGA